CGGGAGGCGGAGCUCGGCGGGCCCGGCGCGCAGGGUCUGGGCGGGUCCGCGCCGCCGCCGUGCGUGCCGCUCCGCCCUUGCCCUGCAGCUCGCUUGGUUCCUGUAGCUGCAGCCCCCGCCGCCGCUGCCGCUGAGCCCUCUGCCGCCGCUGAGAAGAUGGCUGUGCCUCCCACAUACAUUGAUCUGGGCAAACCUGCCCGGGAUGUCUUCACCAAGGGCUACGGGUUUGGCUUAAUAAAACUCGAUUUGAAAACAAAAUCCGAGAAUGGACUGGAAUUUACUAGCUCAGGUUCAGCCAACACUGAGACCACCAAAGUGACGGGCAGCCUGGAAACCAAAUACCGAUGGACUGAAUACGGUCUGACGUUUACGGAGAAAUGGAACACAGACAACACCCUGGGCACUGAGAUUACUGUGGAGGAUCAGCUUGCACAUGGACUGAAGCUGACGUUUGAUUCGUCCUUCUCUCCCAACACUGGGAAAAAGAAUGCUAAAAUCAAGACGGGGUACAAGUGCGAACACAUCAAUGUGGGCUGCGACGUGGACUUUGACAUUGCUGGACCUUCCAUUCGGGGUGCUAUGGUGCUGGGUUAUGAAGGCUGGCUGGCUGGCUACCAGAUGAAUUUUGAGACUGCCAAGUCCCGAGUGACCCAGAGCAACUUUGCUGUCGGCUACAAGACUGAUGAGUUCCAGCUUCACACUAAUGUGAAUGACGGAACAGAGUUUGGAGGCUCCAUUUACCAGAAAGUAAAUAAGAAGUUGGAGACGGCUGUGAACCUUGCCUGGACAGCAGGCAACAGUAACACUCGCUUUGGAAUAGCAGCGAAGUAUCAGAUCGACCCUGAUGCCUGCUUCUCGGCUAAAGUGAACAACUCCAGCCUGAUAGGUUUAGGAUACACUCAAACUCUAAAGCCAGGUAUUAAACUGACUCUGUCAGCUCUGUUGGACGGCAAGAAUGUCAACGCUGGUGGCCACAAGCUUGGCCUAGGACUGGAAUUUCAAGCAUAAAUGAAUACUGUACAAUCAUUUAAUUUUAAACUCUUUUGCAGCAUAGCUACCUUGAAAUUUUAGUGUACCUUUUAAUGUUGUAUGUCUUGAAUGCAAGUAUUGCAAAACAUGAUAGACCUCCAGGUUAAAGAUGAUUCAGCUUUAAUGUGUCACCCUUUCAGAGGUACAGAAGAAAGCCAGUUCCAAAACAAAAGGUCCUUUCAGCUGUAGAUGAGGGGGUAACUGCUGGCCUCUCUAGAGACUUCAGGUUUCUUUUUUAUCUAGAAAUGGCUGUAAGUGGAAGCCGACAAUUUGCAAGCACUUUGGAAAUUCAUAUUGAGCAAAUGAAUGAAAUUGUGAUUUCCUAAGAAUAAGCCUUGGCUUCCUUCUCUAAAUGAGGAGAAACUCAUUGUUUGAUCAUAUGUACAAACUCACCAGAAAGGGACUUUGCUUUAGACAGAUCUUUAUGACCUGUUUCCAUCCCAACCCAUCACCUCUUUACACCAAAAGUAGUUUGCAGGGUGUGGUAGCUGUUUCUUUUGUGCCAUUUUUGGGGUGGAGAAGAUUGAUGUGAUGAAGCCAAUAAACAAUUCAGGACUCCCCUACCAUGUUGUGGUUUUUCACCUCCUUCACCAGAGUAUGAAAUAGCCUCUAAGAGCUCCAGCUGCAAGCUGGGAAGAGUCUCUGUGACUUUAAUCACAUAGUGACAACAUUUGGAAUCUAAAUUUGACUUCUGUUGUAUUCUCACCACUUGGUUUAUUUUUUAGCAGUUUAAUGGGUUACAUUUUAGAGUCUUCCAUUUCGUGUGGAAUUAGAUCGUCCCUUCAAAUGCUGUAAUUAACAUCACUUAAAAUAAAACUUGAAUAAAAUACUGAAACCUCA